CCACCAAUGGGACAUGUCUCAUUACGGUUCACAGUCAGAUCCCGCUAAGAUGUACAACGCGAGAUCGCGUGGCAGCGCUGCCAUCGAGGGGAUUUCCCCACAAAAAACACUGCUCACCAUCGGCUCUCUGUUCCUAAUCCUAGGCUUUGUUGGUCCGGCGACCUCCAUGUCGCUGGAUCGCCUGGCUCUGGAGAGGAACGAGCUGCCGGCGGAUCAAUCCCAGCAACAGCAGCAGCAGCAGCAGCAGGAUGUCCUCGUGGACGAUAUGAAACUCACCUCAAUCCCAUCCGCUGACUCCUCGGACAUGUAUAUGCUGGUGCCCGAAACGGUGGCCAGCCAACUGGAGGACACCGAGCAUGUGCAUCGCAACUCCAUCGAAGCCGAUCCCGAAUCGGAAUCGCCAGCCUCCACCGACAUGCUGAUGCUCGAGAGCGACUCCAGUCCGGCCAUGCAGCUGGUGGAGCUGCCCAGCGACAUCACCGUGGCCGAAUCCCAGCCAGAAACGGAGCACGACGCCCAGCAGCUGUCCGAGUCCAUUGAGGAGCAUGUGGUGCUGAUGAAGCCCCUCAGCCAGGAGGCUCAGCUGGAGCAGGCCGUGGACCUGGCCACCGAGGCGUCACCACUUCCCAUCCUCCACGAUGAUCUGCCGGAUGAUGAGAAAUCCCCGGCCGAAAAUGAGGAAACGGAGAAGGAAUCCGAAGCGAACAUGGAUGAUCAGGUGCCCGAGGAAUCGGAACCUCAGCCGGCACAAGUGCAGCCGGAGGAAUCCCAGAAUCCACAAAACGAAGCUGAUGUUGAGGCGGAAAAGAAGCCAGAGAUUGAGUCACAACCUGAGAUUGAAGCUGAAGCUGAUGCUCAACUAGCUGUUGAGCCCCAGCCUGAAGUGGAAUCGCAGCCAGAGGUUGAAGCCCAGAAUGAUGCUGAAUCCCAAACGGAAGUUGAGUCCCGGCCAGAAGUUGAAGCCCAGCCAGAAGUUGAAGCCCAGCCAGAAGUGGAAGCCCAGCAAGAAGUAGAAUCCCAGCCAGAAGUUGAAUCCCAGCCAGAAGUGGAAGCCCAACCUGAAGUAGAAGCCCAACCUGAAGUAGAAGCCCAACCAGAAGCUGAAUCCCAGCCAGAAGUUGUAGCACAGACUGAAGUGGAAGUCCAGCCAGAGGUGGCAGCCCAACCUGAAGCUGAAUCCCAACCAGAACCAGAAUCCCAGCCAGAAGCCGAGGCUGCAAAGCCCAGUGAUAACGAGGUGGACACCACGGAGGCUUCUCUGAUGGAAACCCUGGUCGAGGGCAUUGAAGAUGGUCUCACCGCCGCCAUGGACAACCUGGUGCCCGAAGAAUUGGCCGAGGCCUCAGAGAACAAGGAGCAGGAGCAGGAGCAGGAAAACGAUGAGGAACUAUCGCCAGUUACAGAAGCCACCGAAGAGCAGGCAAUUCCCGAGGUUUCCGAACAGGAAAAAGAAGAGGAAACCGAAACCGAACCCCAACAUACCUUGGCCGAUGAGCCAGAGGCUGAGAUGGCCCAAGCUCCAGUUGAAACGCCAGAGGAAACCAAGCCUGAAGAGGAAUCGCAGCCGGAGGAGGCUAAGCCGGUAGAGGAAUCCAAGCCAGAGGAGGAAAUCAAGUCGGAUGAGGAGGCCAAGCCAGAGGAGGAGCCCCAGUUGGAUGCCCAGUCUCAGCCAGCUGUCAAUGAGGAGAAACCUGAGGAAACUGCAGCAGAAAUUCCUGCUGAAACUCCUGCUGAUAUUCCUGCUGAAAUCCCAGCUGAAAUUCCUGCUGAAAUCCCUGCUGAAGUACCAGCUGAAAAUACUGCUGAAAUCCCAGCUGAAAUCCCAGCUGAAAUCCCAGCUGAAACUCCAGCAGAAAUCCCUGCCGAAAUCCCUGCUGAAAUUCCCGCAGAAAUCCUAGCUGAAAUCCCAGCCGAAGAACCAGCGAAAACCCAAGAUGAAAUCCAAUCCGAUUCCACCCAAACCGAGCCCGAAGUGGAGAAGGUGGAGAAGGAAACCAAGCCCGUGGAGUCGUCCCUGCUGACCACCAUCAUACCCAUGCCCAUUCCAGUGGUGCCUGCGCCACAACCCACCAUCCAGGUGCAGGAUAGUGUGCUGAACUACGUCAAUGCCUCGUUCCUGCAGCAGCAGUCCACGGAGGCGGAUCUGCCCAAGACGGAGGAGGAGUCCCCGUUCAAUGCCCAUCUGCGACGCUACGAUGGCGCCCAAGUGUGGCGCAUUGUGGUCCAGACCGACAAGGACAAGCGAAUGGCCGACGAGCUGCAGUCCAAAUAUGAUGGCCAACUGUGGAAGGAGGUCAAGCAGGAGGUGGACUAUCUGCUGAAGCCCCAAGUGUUGGCCGCCGCCGAGCGUCACAUUCGCGCUGCCAAUCUCUCGCGGAUUGUGCUCAUCGACAACCUGCAACAUGUCAUCGAAAAGGAGACCCCAGCGGAGAAGAUUGCCGAGCUCCAGAACCGAAAGGGACACCGCCUCACCUGGCAGGCCUACCAUCGCCUGGAGGACAUCCACGGCUUCAUUGACUACAUGGCCAAGACCUAUCCUGAUAUCUGCUCCACAGAGAUCAUCGGCUACUCGGUGGAGAAGCGACCCCUCAAGAUUCUCAAGAUUUCCAAUGGCAAUGCCCGUAAUGCCGGCGUUUGGAUCGAUGGCGGCAUGCAUGCCCGCGAAUGGAUCAGUCCGGCCACAGUCACCUACAUAGCCAACCAGCUGGUCGAGGGCUGGGAGGAUCUGCCCGAGCACAUGCGCAGCAUCAACUGGUACAUCCAUCCGGUGGCCAAUCCCGAUGGCUACGAGUACUCCCACACCACCGAUCGCCUGUGGCGCAAGAAUAUGCGUGCCCAUGGACGCCAGUGCCCCGGCGUGGAUCUGAAUCGCAACUUCGGCUACAAGUGGGGCGGCAAGGGCACCUCCGCCAGCCCCUGCUCCCAGACAUAUCGCGGCAGCAAGGCCUUCUCCGAGCCGGAGACCUUCUACAUCUCCAAGUUCAUCAGCGGCUUCCCGCGGGAGACCUUCCAGGCGUACCUCUCGUUCCACAGCUACGGCCAGUACAUCCUGUAUCCCUGGGGCUAUGACUACCAGCUAACCCAGGAUCGUGCCGAUCUCGAUCGCGUGGCGCGGCAGGCGGGAACGAGCAUUACCAAGUCGACUGGCGUGAAGUACACGGUGGGCUCCUCCGCCACCACUCUGUAUCCCGCUGCCGGUGGCUCCGAUGACUGGGCCAAGGGCAUUGCGGGCAUCAAGUACGCCUACACCAUCGAGAUGGGCGACACGGGCCGGUACGGAUUCGUCCUGCCCGCCCGCUUCAUCCAGUACAAUGGCAAGGAUGGAGUGACCUUUGCCGACACCGUGGCCAGGGCCAUUGCCCAGGGACGCGGAAAGGCGGUGGCCAGGAACAGCAGUGGCGGCCGGAGGCGUCGCCACUAGUCCCGCCCACUUAGUUCAAUGCGAUUUUUUGUAAAUCAGCCUACUUGAUUUUUUUUUUGCUAUUUAUAUGAAUACUAUUUAUUUAUUUAUUUAUUCUACUUGUAACUAGACAAAUUGAACACACACACAAAAGACACCACACAAAAACAAAACAAAAAACUCAUCAAAAUGGACUGAAAAAUGUUUAUUGAAGAAGUGAAAAAUUAAAAAACUUAAAAAUUAAAAAA